GGUCCGUCGAUGAUGAGCCUGCUAGCAGACCUCGAGCGGUCUAGCCGUGUGGGAGCUAGCGUGCUAGCAAAGCUGUUGGUGUAUUUCCCGGACAGCGCGAUGGAGAACAUGGUGAAGUGUUACACUCGUAUUCCGCCGCAGCGUGUUGACAACGUCACCGGGAGCUAAGGGCGUCUCCCCCCCCCCCCCAAUGAAAGCGGGACUGUCCCGACUCCCCGGUGUCAUUGUUUGGAUGAACUGAGAGAGCUAGCACCGCCGGGUGAGACUCUACCAGAGCGGGCACGGAUGGGAUUGACACAGCUAGCCGAUGCUAACGGUUGUGCUUGGCUGACUGGCUUGGCGGCUAACCGGGCGGCGUUAGCUAUCUGACACAGUUAGUUGACAUCGCUCAUCAGAUAAUUACCAGCCUCUGAAAAGAGCAGCUUUGCUGGCACAACCAUGCCUCCCAGGCCCUCCUCGGGAGAACUAUGGGGGAUGCACUUGAUGCCCCCCAGCAUCCUAGUGGACUGCCUUCUGCCAAAUGGCAUGAUUCUCACAUUGGAGUGCCUCCGGGAGGCCACGCUGAUCACAGUCAAGCAUGAGCUUUUCAAAGAGGCCAGGAAGUACCCUCUGUACCAUCUGCUGCAGGAGGAGAGCUCCUACAUCUUUGUCAGUGUCAACCAGGAGGCAGAGCUGGAGGAGUUCUACGACGAGACCAGGAGGCUGUGCGAUCUUAGACUCUUCCAGGCCUUCCUCAAAGUUAUUGAGCCAGUAGGCAACAGAGAAGAGAAGAUUCUCAACCGAGAGAUAGGUUUUGCAAUUGGAAUGCCUAUAUGUGAGUUUGACUUGGUGAAAGACCCAGAAGUGCAGGACUUCAGAAGGAACAUUUUAAAUGUUUGCAAAGAAGCUGUGGACCUCAGAGACUGUAACGGACCCCACAGUAGAGCUUUAUACGUGUACCCCCCCAAUGUAGAAUCCUCAGUGGAACUUCCUAGGCACAUCUAUAACAAACUGGAUAAAGGUCAAAUCAUCGUCGUCAUUUGGGUUAUUGUGUCGCCCAGCAAUGACAAACAGAAGUACACCCUGAAGAUCAACCACGACUAUGUGCCGGAGCAGGUGAUUGCAGAAGCCAUCCGCAAGAAGACACGCAGCAUGCUGCUCUCCCAGGAGCAGUUAAAGAUGUGCGUGCAGGAGUAUCAGGGAAAAUACAUCCUCAAAGUGUGCGGCUGCGACGAGUACUUACUGGAGAAAUACCCUCUGAGUCAGUACAAGUAUGUACGCAGCUGUAUCAUGCUGGGACGGAUGCCCAACCUGAUGCUGAUGGCAAAAGACAGCCUGUAUUCCCAGUUGCCCAUGGACAACUUCACCAUGCCAUCGUAUGCGAGGCGAAUAUCCACAGCGACGCCGUACAUGAACGGGGAAACGGCCACCAAGCCCCUGUGGACGAUCAAUGGAACACUGAGGAUCCGGAUACUGUGCGCCACUUAUGUCAACGUUAAUAUCAGAGACAUUGACAAGAUCUACGUCAGGACUGGGAUAUACCACGGUGGAGAGCAGCUGUGCGAUAAUGUCAACACCCAGCGGGUGCCCUGUUCGAAUCCCAGGUGGAAUGAGUGGCUUAAUUACGACAUGUACAUUCCAGACAUCCCCCGUGCCGCCCGACUCUGCCUCUCCAUCUGCUCUGUGAAAGGGAGGAAGGGAGCUAAAGAGGAGCACUGUCCCCUCGCCUGGGGCAACAUCAACCUGUUUGACUACACCCACACGCUAGUUGCGGGGAAGAUGGCUCUCAACCUAUGGCCUGUCCCGCAUGGCCUUGAAGACCUGCUCAACCCCAUCGGCGUCACGGGCUCCAACCCCAACAAGGAAACUCCAUGUCUGGAACUGGAGUUUGACCACUUCAGUUGCCCUGUCAAGUUCCCUGACAUGACGACCAUCGAGGACCAUGCGAACUGGAACAUAUCCAGAGAGCUUGGCUUUAAUUACUGCCACACCGGUUUGAGUAACAGGCUGGCACGAGACAACCCCCUGACUGACAGCGACAACGAGCAGCUACGACAGGUGGGCAACAGAGACCCGCUGUCUGAAAUCACUGAGCAGGAGAAAGACUUUCUGUGGCGGCACAGACAAGACUGUGCCAACAUGCCAGAGGUACUUCCCAAGAUCCUCUUGGCUGUGAAAUGGAACUCAAGAGAUGAGGUUGCACAGAUGUAUUGCCUUCUGAAGGACUGGCCUGCUAUCAAGCCAGAACAAGCCAUGGAGUUGCUGGAUUGCAACUUCCCCGAUCCUAUGAUCCGAGACUUUGCUGUAAAGUGCCUUGACAAAUACCUGACAGAUGACAAACUGUCUCAGUACCUCAUUCAACUAGUUCAGGUUCUAAAGUAUGAGCAGUACCUUGAUAACCCGCUUGCACGCUUCUUGCUGAAGAAAGCAUUAACCAAUCAGAGGAUAGGACAUUUCUUCUUCUGGCAUUUAAAGUCAGAGAUGCACAACAAGACGGUGAGCCAGCGGUUUGGCCUGCUGCUGGAGUCGUACUGCCGGGCCUGCGGCAUGUAUCUGAAGCACCUGAGCAGACAGGUGGAGGCCAUGGAGAAACUCAUCAAUCUCACCGACCUCCUCAAACAGGAGAAAAAAGAUGAGGCACAGAAGGUCCAAAUGAAGUUCCUGGUGGAGCAGAUGAGAAGGCCCGACUACAUGGAUGCACUGCAAAGCUUCACCUCCCCACUGAAUCCAGCACAUCAGCUGGGAAACCUCCGCCUGGAGGAAUGCAGGAUGAUGUCAUCAGCGAAGCGACCUCUGUGGCUUAACUGGGAAAACCCAGAUAUGAUGUCAGAGCUGCUCUUCCAGAACAACGAAAUCAUCUUCAAAAAUGGAGAUGAUCUGAGGCAGGACAUGCUGACGCUGCAGAUCAUUAGGAUAAUGGAGAACAUCUGGCAGAACCAGGGCCUUGAUCUCAGGAUGCUGCCGUACGGUUGCCUGUCAAUCGGUGACUGCGUGGGCCUGAUCGAGGUGGUGAGGAACUCUCACACCAUCAUGCAGAUCCAGUGCAAAGGCGGCCUGAAGGGGGCGCUGCAGUUCAACAGCCACACGCUGCAUCAGUGGCUCAAGGAUAAGAACAAGGGAGAAAUGUAUGACCAGGCCAUAGAUCUGUUCACACGAUCAUGUGCAGGCUACUGUGUAGCCACAUUUAUCCUAGGCAUAGGAGACCGACACAACAGUAACAUUAUGGUCAAAGAUGAUGGACAGCUGUUCCACAUAGACUUCGGCCAUUUCCUUGACCACAAAAAGAAGAAGUUUGGCUACAAGAGGGAACGUGUACCCUUUGUACUCACCCAGGACUUCUUGAUCGUUAUUAGCAAAGGAACUCAAGAGUGCACCAAAACCAGGGAGUUCGAAAGGUUCCAGGAGAUGUGUUACAAAGCGUACCUGGCGAUCCGGCAGCAUGCCAACCUCUUCAUCAACCUCUUCUCCAUGAUGUUGGGCUCCGGCAUGCCCGAGCUGCAGUCGUUUGAUGACAUCGCUUACAUCAGGAAGACCCUGGCCCUGGACAAGUCGGAGCAGGAAGCCCUCGACUACUUCAUGAAGCAGAUGAACGACGCUCACCACGGCGGCUGGACGACAAAGAUGGACUGGAUCUUUCACACGAUCCGCCAGCACGCCAUGAACUAAAAUGGCAACUAAAGAAAAGGGUAGAGGAGUAAAGGAUUUUGGCAACAACAGCACAUUAAUAACCAAAAGAGAGAAGCGAGACAAGCAUUUUCCCAAACACACCGAGGCCUGGUUAAUAUUUCUGCCAGCGUUUGACUCUGAAACAUUACGUGCCACUGCUCCACAAAGUAAGGGUGCUCAGAAGGGCCUAUUUCAGGGACGUAAUGCCUAACCGCUCCUGUUUCUACAGGUGUCCGAAUGUCUUCUUCCUGCACUGUGAACCCGACAAGGCAGGGUGGAAUUGAAUUCAUAGGAACACGAUGAGUGUAAUUGAACUCGACUACAUUGACCUUCUCGCAAACAAAUUAUGGACACAUUUUUGUUUUUUUUCUUUGAAAUGUCUUUCUAUACGUCUUCAACCAUCAGCAUUAAGAAUCUUGAAGUGGCACGCCAUGAGCACAGCUGGCUUCUUCUAAAGAUGAACUGACACUUUCAUUUCCACUACCUGUUUUGACCUGAUGAAGAUGAGGGAGAUAUCGGCUUCACACAGCCAGGACAGCUGGGACACGGUGAAAGAAGCCCCCCCGUCCCCCCAAAAAAUCUAAAGUUCCUCACAAUUACAGAAACAAACACCAACACUAUGAGUACAAGACUGACGGAGGCCAUGUUGAAAAACACUUUGCAUAGCAUUUAACACUUAACUGAAAUCAUGACAGCGACAGACGACGCAUCCUCAGUUUAGAAAUCCCACCACCAUCGGCCCACAACUGACCGUUGUACAUAUUCAUAGACUUGUUUGCAUUCAGUGCACAUAUUCCUUUUUGAGUCUUUUUUCUACUGAGCCAAAGUACUAGAUGUGUAACCCCCCACUACUCGGCAGUCUUAUCGUGAGGAAAAUAGUCUGUACUAUUCCAAGUCUCGUGUACUCAUCGCACUGAGCUCUGCAGUAUUUGUUUUUGCUUUGUCAGUCAGUAUUAUUCUGUCCAUCACCGGCCCGACAGACGCAGUUGGAGCAUAAAAGCUUUCUGAUGGCCAGCUGCAGAACAUGGUUAUGAAUUUUUUUUCUUUUGUUAUUCAGCGGAUUAAGGAACGUAAACGCAGGGGGAAAAGGAGGCGUACUGCUCCUUUUGUGUGCUGUGCUGUUACACUAUGCAAGUUGUGAUCCUACUAUGUCCUGUAUUCUGGGGGAUGAUGUCAGAGUGAGGCAGACAUGCCAGUGUGUCUGAACUUUUUUUACAGACAGUACAUGGAAGAAAAAAAAAUUUGCACAAUGCUGCACUGUAACAGUAUUGUUUACUUCUUCCCAACUAAAAGAACAACGAGAAACGCCUUUUUUCUUCUCCUCACCACGUCUGUGUGGAGCUCUAACCGAAGCCAUCUGUAAAAUAUUUUAGAUGUUGAGUUCUGCUCCUGUCUCCUUUGCCGCGAUCUCGCUUACAAAAGACAAUUUAAGACAGACUCUCUCCUCACAUUUGCCAUAUUGCCCCAGAUUGAGAAAAAGUAACCCAAGUGAUUUUAUUUUUUUAAUUUAAGCCUUCCAAGUGUCUUCUUCCCAAACUCUUUCUUAUGAUUGUCGCCCUUAUAUAUGUGGAAGUCUUUGCAGCUUUGUUCACUGCACAGACACAUAUGUAAGAGGUCAGUAAAUGUUCUAGCUUUACCAAAUGAUACCCAUCAGGGGCGGUUUCCUGGACACUCGAGUCGGUCUGAAAGUCCAAUAAAUAAAUAAGAAGAGAAGAUUCUGUUCAUGGUUAAAAAAUGCUCAGGAAACCGAUCCUGUACCGAGAUACAUGUGCCUCUGUACAGGAUACAGAGCUGUGGGCUGGACCCAAACUUGACAAAUCUAGACCCCAUGUACUUUAUCAAAUUACUAAAUGAUGCUAUUUCCCCUUAUACUUCUACAUGUCAUAGUUCUUUUCUGUUUCUCACACUGCAUCAUGCAUGAGGUCCUCGAAUAUCUACUUAUUUUUUGUUUGUUUUGUUUUGUUUGACCUGAUGUUGUUUACUUGAAUUUCAUGUAUAGAGAUGACCUUGUUACUUGUGUGGGGGUACAACAAAGUCACAAUGAAGGUAACAGAUACUGCUACUGCUACUACAUGUGCAAAUGCUUUCCUUGAAUAACUACAGAGGUAAUAUAUUUUUGUAUUUUUAAAAUGUAAGCAAACUCAUAUAUGUAACUGCUACCCCAAAAAAGAGAGCAAUCAUGCACAACGUGCACCAUCCGCAUAUGAAACCCAGUAGACAGCUUUGUAGUUGUUGAAACUAUAUGAAUGACAAAGCAGAGGUGAAUUGUUGAAUGAAGGACAAGGACUUGAUGCUGUUGUCGGAGUGUGAUCCUCACGUCAGGGGGAGAUCCUUGCCCUGUUCGCACAAAUAAGUAGGGAGAUGCAUGUUUUUCUAAAGAGCCAGAAUCAUGUUGGUCGUCUAUCCAUCUGUAUAUAUAUCAUAAAAAACCUCUUCAAAUAUUUGUUUUUAGUCAUCAUGUGACCAUGUCUCAUAAUAAACUGUAUGCAUUCAUUUAUUGUACUGUUGAAUAAAUACAUUUCUCCCUAUCGGAAGAGAUAGAGAUUUUA